CAUUUUACAACGCACCCGCAUCCGGCUCAACAACAUUCCAACCAACAUGGCAAGCCGAAAAGGGUCACAGCAAAGCCGGGGAGAUGGUGAUAAAUACUCGGUGUUGUUGCCCACUUACAAUGAACGAGAGAAUCUACCGCUUAUUGUGUGGCUAUUGGUAAAAUACUUCGGUGAAAGUGGAUACGAGUACGAGAUUAUUGUCAUUGAUGAUGGAAGUCCAGAUGGGACACUUGAGGUGGCAGAACAACUGCAGAAGAUAUACGGAGAGGACAAGAUACUCCUUCGACCAAGAGCAAAGAAACUAGGAUUAGGAACUGCCUACAUCCAUGGCAUUAAACAUGCCAGAGGGAACUAUGUCUUCAUAAUGGAUGCAGACCUCUCCCAUCAUCCUAAAUUUAUUCCAGAAUUCAUAAAGAAACAGAGAGAAGGCGGGUAUGACCUUGUGUCAGGCACCCGAUACAGAGGAGAUGGGGGCGUGUACGGAUGGGACCUGCGCAGGAAACUCAUCAGUCGGGGAGCGAACUAUGUCACACAGGUGCUGCUGAGACCUGGGGCAUCAGACCUGACUGGCAGCUUCAGGCUUUACAAGAAGGAGGUACUGGAGAGUCUGGUGGAGAGGUGUGUGUCCAAAGGCUACGUCUUUCAGAUGGAGAUGAUUGUCCGUGCUAGACAGCUGAACUACACCAUUGGAGAGGUUCCGAUUUCGUUUGUGGAUCGUGUUUAUGGGGAGUCUAAACUGGGAGGAAAUGAAAUAGUGUCGUUCCUGAAAGGACUGCUUACUCUCUUCGCGACAACAUGAUUUAUGAUGCUCUAGGUUUGGACUCAGCACUGCUUUUUAGUUUUUCAGUCAUGGCUUUCAAUGCAGUAAUGAACCUACAUCAAAAUCAGUAGCGUAGGACGCACCCCCACAGCACACGCGAGGCUGGGGCCCCCAAGCAUUAGGGAGCAUCAAACAAACUUUUAUUUUGUUUGGGGAAGAUGGCAAGUGAACACUUCUUAAGCCAUGGCAAAAUGUUUAGAAUUACAGGAAAUUUGCUUUGAAACUGCAACAUUUUCUCUACCCCAUGGCAAAAUGUAUAGAAUAGCAUUAAAUUAGCUAUAAAACUGCAUAUUUUUCUCUCUGCCCCAUGGCAAAAUGUGUAGAAUUGCAGGAUUUUUUUGGGGGGGGGGGGGGGGCUAAACUGCACUAUGUCACUGAUAAAAAUGAGAAGGGCAAAUGGACAGACUAUGCUCUUUUCUAUGAGUAGUUGAUUAUUGACAAGUCAAAGCACAGAAAGUAAUACAUUAAAAUAUUAAUUCUUCACUGUCUCUGCUUCAGAUGGAUCUCCAAUCAUACAUAAAGAUGUUGAAGCAUCAAGCUUCUUCCUAUGUAUUAUUGUAGAUUGAUUCACUCCUUUCUGUUCAUUACUUUCACAUUUUGGUGGGUUUACACUACCAGUCAAAAGUUUUAGAAAACCUACUGAUUCAAGGGUUUUUCUACAUGUUCCUAUAUUUUUCUCUCAACCAGCUUAACGAGGAAUGCUUUUCCAACAGCCUUUAAGGAGUUCCCACAUAUGCUGAGCACUUGUUGGCUGCUUUUCCUUCAUUCUGCGGUCCAACUGAUCCCAAACCAUCUCAAUUUGGUUGAGGUCGGGUGAUUGUGUAUGCCAGAUCAUCUGAUGCAGCACUCCUUCUUGGUCAAAUAGUCCUUACACAGUCUGGAAGUGUGUUGGGUCAUUGUCCUGUUGAAAAACAAAUGAUAGUCCCAUUUAAGCGCAAGAUUGGAUGGCAUAUCGCUGCAGAAUGCUGUGGUAGCCAUUCUGGUUAAGUGUGCCUUGAAUUCUAAAUUAAUCACUGACAGUGACACCUGCAAAGCACCCCCACACCAUCCCACCUCCUCCAUGCUUCACGGUGGGAACAACACAUGCGGAGGUCAUCCAUUCACACACUCUGCGUAUCACAAAGACAAGGCGGUUGGAACCAAAAAUCUCUGGUGGACUUGGUCUUUUACCAAAUAGGGCUUUCUUCUGUAUACCAACCCGACCUUGUCACAACACAACUGAUUGUCUCAAACGCAUUAAGAAGGAAAGAAAUUCCACAAAUUAACGUUUAACAAGGCACACCUGUUAAUUGAAGUUUAUUCAAUUUAUUACAUCAUGAAGUUGGUUGAGAGAAUGCCAAGCCUGUACAAAGCUGUCAUCAAGGCAAAUGGUGGCUACUUUGAAGAAUCUCAAAUAUAAAAUAUAUUUUGAUUUGUUUUACACUUCUUUGGUUACUACAUGAUUCCAUAUGUUAUUUCAUACUUUUGAUGUCUUUGCUAUUAUUCUACAAUGUAAAUGAAAUGAAAAUAGUAAAAAUAAAGAAUAACCCUUGAAUGAG